CAUUGGGUCAGUGGAAAGAGAGAGGUGUGGACGUGCGGAACUGAGCGUUGGCAGGUGUCUGAAGGAACAUCUGAACUUAGCAGGAACCACAGAUACACACAUCAUCCUUUUUUUCAGUGUUAUGACAUUACCUACAAGAGACAUCAGAGAACAGAGCUACAUCACAUCAUUGUUGUGACGCCUCCAGGCCAAGGAUACAGCACGGCAAUAUGAGGGGCGCGGUGCUGGGGAGGCUGGCCAGGGUUGUCGGUGAGCGGCUGGCAUGCCCAAAGAUACCAAGACAUGCAGCUGCGCCCUUGACUGUUUCACCGCCAGUUAAUUUUAUGCCUGUUCGCUCUCUCACAGAGAGUGCCGAGAUAGCCUGGGAGGAUGCCAAGCCCUUUGAGGAGAUCCCAGGACCCUCGUGCCUCCCGUUGAUUGGUUGCCUGCAUCACUACUUGCCCUACAUAGGCCAGUACUCCCCCAAGCGGCUUCACCACAACGGGCGCCUCAAACUGCAGCAGUUUGGCCCUAUCGUGCGGCAGAAGCUUCCGGGCAACACGAACCUCUUGUACCUUUUCGACCCGGAGGAUAUCGAAGCCAUGUACGCCAAGGAGGGACGCUACCCCUCCCGCCGCUCCCAUCUCGCCUUGCAGAAGUACCGCCUGGACAGACCACACAUGUUCAGCACCGGGGGAAUCUUGCCCACCAACGGCAAACACUGGUGGGAAUUGCGGCGUCGGGCUCAAAAAUCCAUGAAUAAGGUAUCUGCCGUUGCCAGCCGUCUACCGCAAGUUGACGAGGUGUGCAGGGAGUUUGCAGAAUUGAUAAGCAAGGUGAGGCGUGAAGGGUCGGGCCGUGUGGGUCACUUUUUGGAUCUCCAGAAGCGGCUCUUCCUCGAGUUGACCAUCACGAGUCUGCUUGAGAUACGCCUUGGCAAACUGGACGACCACAGUGACGAAGCUGAGCAGCUUGCACAUGCUGUUGAUGAAACCAACUGUGUUGUUCUCCCCACUGACAACGGCUUGCAGCUUUGGAAGUAUGUAAGGACACCCAUGUACCGCAGGCUGGUGAGCGCCCAGGACACCAUUUACAGAAUCGCUCUUAAAUAUGUGGAAACAAAAGAUGAUGAGUUGAGGCAUGCUCGGCAGAAGAAGAAGGCUGAAGGAGAAUCAGAACCAGACACGAAACAUGUCACCAGUAUUCUGGAGUCAUUCUUUGAGAGUGGCCUGGAGGACAAGGACAUUGUGGGCCUUGUCAGUGACACACUCAUGGGAGGCAUUGAUACGGGUGCCUACACAAUGGCGUAUGUGCUGUACAGUCUGGCCAACAAUCAGGACAAGCAGGACUUACUGGCACAGGAGGCCAGGCGACUGUUGGAUGGGUCUGAUGGCAAGGUGACCACCAAAGUGCUGAGUGAGGCACGCUACCUGAAGGCAGUGAUGAAGGAGACGUAUCGCUUGCACCCAAUCUCCAUCGGGGUAGGGAGGGUGAUCCAGGAAGACACAGUCAUUCGGGGUUUCAGGAUACCUAAAGAAACUGUGGUGGUGACACAGAACCAGGUCAUCAGCCGCCUGCCGGAGCACUUCCCAGAUCCUCAACGCUUUCUGCCUGAACGCUGGCUACACAAGGCUCCCCCAGCCCAUCCUUUUGUUGUUCUUCCCUUUGGUCACGGCCCACGGUCAUGCAUUGGCCGAAGGAUGGCCGAACAGAACCUUCAAACCAUAAUUUUACAGCUCAUCUCCCAGUAUCGUGUGGGGUGGGUGGGAGGUGAACUGGACUGUCUCUCCAACCUGAUCAAUGAACCAGAUGCUCCACUGGACUUUACCUUCACUGACAGGGAGUAAGUGGAUGUGUGAAUGCACCAGCGAGGCAUCACUGUGCCAGACAGACAUGUUACUCUUAGACAAGUUUACUGCUGUGAUUUUUAUUCUUUUUUACUUGUGUGCAUUUUAAGCAAACAAGUAUUCUUUGAUAUAUGUAUAUGUAGGAGUCUGUCAGCAUUUACCAGAGAAUUUCUGAUCUAUGAGCAACAUUUUCAUCAUUAUCACCUAUAAAAUACAUAAUGCUAUAGGCUGUGGCUUUGCUGAUCUUUAUCAUGAUUGAACCAUUCUUUUAUGCUUUAUCUGUUCUUAUAAGCAUCUUUUUGUAAUUAAUCUGUAGAAUUUAUUGUAAAAUGAUACCUGCUCAGAUAAACAAGAUAUCAUGAUUUAACUGCCUUCUGAUGGUAUAAAGGUCAUCAUUCCAUCUUCAGUCAUGGAAGGAUGGAAACUCUUGCAUCCUAGUGUCAUAGACCCUUGGUAAGGGUCACUAUACUGCUUAAUGAAAAGUAGUCUUAUUUGAUAUGAUUGUGUUCCCUUAAACUCCCUCAAAGAAGUGACGGUGACAGAAGAGUCUGUGUGUUUAUGUUCAUAUACUCCAUUCUUGCACACUCCAUCCCUUUCAGCUUCCCAUCUCCCCUCUCUAUCUAGCAUUCCAGCACUCUGUCUUCCUCACAUUUUAGGGAGUUUUUCUAUAACCCAUAAUAUCCACUACAGCUUCCCUGUCAGUUCUGUCUGAAAAGAUGCACUGACGGUGUGAAUCCUAAUACGAAGUGGGACUGGGAUUAAAAUGUUUUCAGGAAGGCUAUUUCUAAUUUCUAGAUGCUUGCCUUCUCUGUACACUACUGCAUAGCAGAGCUUGUGGCAACCUUACAAUCCUGCAUCUUGACUUGGUUUUUUAUAUUGCCACUGAGAAAAGCUCACUUAAAAACUGGCAAAAGUGCACAAGUAAGCAACUGCAUGUGUGCCAGUUUACUGAAUUUUUUUUCUUGGUUGUGAUGAUAGUGAUUCAAUCCAUGCAAAGUUGAUGCGCACUAUAUAUGCACUAUGAGUUCUGUUUAUCCUGCGUACAGCAACACAUUUAUCAUGUCUGCCAGUGGUUGUGCUUAUGCUGGGAUGGCACUAGCUGAGGUGAAUAUGUAGUUAGCCAUUGUUCUUGAAAUGUUCUUGUUAUUGAUAACUUGGGAUCAUGAUAAUUGUUGCACUUUUAAAAUACACCACUACACUGUCCAUAA